CCCGGCUCUGUAGUCUCGUUUAAAUCUCGCGAGAGUUGGAGUUUCUUCGAACAAACAUGGCGGCCGCGAUGGAUGUCGACACCCCGAGCGGGACGAACAGCGGGGCCAGUAAGAAGCGAUUUGAAGUGAAAAAGUGGAACGCUGUAGCUCUGUGGGCCUGGGACAUCGUAGUGGACAACUGCGCCAUCUGCAGGAACCACAUCAUGGACCUCUGUAUUGAGUGUCAGGCCAACCAGGCUUCUGCCACAUCAGAGGAGUGCACAGUGGCCUGGGGAGUCUGUAAUCAUGCAUUUCAUUUCCACUGCAUCUCUCGCUGGCUGAAGACGAGGCAGGUGUGUCCUCUGGAUAACAGGGAGUGGGAGUUCCAGAAGUACGGACACUGAACACCGAGGGUUCACAACACGCUUUCAUUUUUACUGUUUUUUUGUUCUGCAGUUUGUGCUUUUGAAAUGUAAUGGAUCAUUAUAUAAGUAACAGACUGUGUGUGUGUGUGUGUUGGGGGUAAAACACAGAUUUGAGUGGAGGGUAAAAUUACAGUGUUGAAGCAGUUACCAGUCUGAACAUUAGCAUCCUGUAUGAGUUUUAUUCCUAUUAUACCAUCAUUACAAUAUUUCUUUAUUAGUAGCAUUUUUUUUUUAAAGAUCUACUUCUAGUUGGUUGGGCAGUUGGUCUGAUUUACGAUUUCGCAUCUCUACUUACUGCGUUAUUGUUUCUGCGGUAACUCGUUUAACAGUUACUAUUACAUCAGUUUGUUGAAGUCGUGUUUAAUUGUUGAUAAAGGAAUAUCGAGUUCUGGUGUUACAGGAAAAUAAUCAGAUCAGUAGUUUGGUGUUUUACUGUAACAGUUUAUUACUUAACAAUAAUAAAUAAAUCUUCACUCCAAUCAA